AUGUCAUCGCGAGGGUCACCCGCUUCCUCAUCCACUCAAAAACACUUCCAGUAUGGCCGUGGCCUACGGACCGACUCCUCCCCGAGUCUGUACCGAUCCUUCUCGAGCAAGCCAACAACAUCCAGCAAGUCUAGCUCAUCUAUAAAUCCCACCAUCUCAUCUACCUCAACCGAAUCAUCAAGCUCCAGCGCAUCAACCCCCGGUGGCUCAACCAUCCUCAACGUCCCCUACAACGAAACUACCCGUUCCACUGUUCCUCCUCGUUUGCAAUGGAACCGCGAAGCUCCAGCCGUCUACCGUCCAUAUGACUUUCAAAACUUCGACGUCCCAUUUAAGGCCCUCCCGGCCUAUCAUAGCCAACUGGGAGGGCUAGGCGUUCCAGCACGGAAACCAUGCCACCAGUCAAAGCCGGAUCCAUUCCACAAGCGAACCCACAUAGACGAAAUCUACCAUAAACGGGUCACGGAUGCCAGUACUUUUUCCAUCACCGAGAAACUUCCUUCGGAUCUAUGCGUUAAGCAGAAACCUUCGAAAAUCAGUGAAAUCACACUGAAGGCUGUUAAAAGUGUUGUUCUGGCGGAUAACGUCAACUCCGACGAAGAUGAGAGUAGUGACUCCGAUAUCGAGGAAGACUUGUGUGAGCUCAGUUGGGAGGAGUUUCAGGAGAGACCGAAGCGGAACGAUGUUCUUAAGGAAUGCAAACGAUCGUUCUUCCGUGCGAGGAAGGAGCUGUUCAAGACGCGGCAGUAUGAAGAGUACCUGAAAGAAAAGAACAGACAACCAGAAGAGGUGCAAUCGUGGGAAAUUUCGUCUGACAGUACGGUUGAGACGGUUGAUGCAGAUUCGGUACUUCGAUCCGCGACAGAAGAGAUCCUAGCGCCAAUCGAUGAAUGUAUAGCAACGGAGAUAGUUCACGUUGAAGACAAGGCGUGCGUUCAAGAACAAUCAUACAUGGAGCGAGUCCGGAAGUACAUGUGGAAUCGGUAUGAAAGAAAGGACAUGGAAGAGCAGAAGGCUCAAGCGGAACGUGACAAAUCACCGGAGCCGUUGGAUGAGGAGGCGAUUUUGAGGAACCUACCGGAGCAGGAUUAUCUUAACAAACGCCAGCAUCAAAUCAGGAAAGAGCUCUCCGAACGUCUAGACGAACUUAAUAGAUCCAUAAAACUGGAACCGAUGAACCUUCCCAGAACGAAGGUUCAGUUCGAGGAGUAUAACGACAAGCUAAUGCGUGCCAGACGGGAGCUGAAGGAUGAAGCUGUAUUGGUUGAUGAGCAUUACAAGAGGGCUGCACUGAAAAUCGAUGUACCUGAAAAGGACCUGCCGUUGAAAAAGAAGUACCGUGCUGCGGACUACAGAAGCGAUGAAGAAAAAUCGGCCGGUGAUGAGGAUGAGGCAUUAGAACCGGUAGUGCACACUUGCAUGACGCGACUGGAAUGGUCACGUUGGCUCGGCCACUACACGAAGCACGAGAAACUAAACCUACCGAAGGUCAAAAUUCCACGUCUUCCGAAAAUGGUCCACACGGCCACCGAGCAGAGUCCGAUUCGAAUGUACAUCAAAGGAUUGCAUCGUGAAGAUAAGCGGAAGAAGCAGGAACGGAAGCAGAAGAAGCCGUCGCCGUCGUCGUCGUCCGUAGUGAUGGUGAAAAAAAAUGAAUCGAAAUCGAUCCAGUGGCACUUGAAAGAGAUUUUGUAUGAUAAGCCGGAGGAAAGCAGGGUUCCAUACUUUGUGCGGUACAAGUCACGGAUUCGGCCUUUUUCGGAGUUGGUGAAAGAUAGAUCCAGGCUGAUGCAGGCCAAGAAUAGAAGAAAGCGCGAUCUGAGGAAGAAUCACAUGACUUGGAUAAAUGAGGUGGUUGAAGAAAUUUGCGGUAGAAAGUAUCUUUGAUGA